CAUUACAUUUAACAAAUAUAAAUGAAACUAUAACAUGAAAAUGAAUAUUUAACCAUUAAUUAAUAUUUAAUAUUUUUAUUUUUAACAAAUAAUAAUGUUAAAAAAGAGAAAAAGGGCAUUUCAGAUACAGACACCCACUACUCACUACUACUAUUACCCACCGUCACUCUUCAUCUUUCUCAUUAUUGUCUACUAGAAAGUAGAAUUCUCUCUCUCUCUCUCUCUCUCUCUCUCUCUACAGCUUUUCUUUAAGGCUUGAGCUCUAAAAUUUCUGCACAAGGAAUACUUGCCCUUUACCGAUUUCUACAAGCUUUCAUUUCAUCAACCAUGGCUGCUCUAGUGUAUAUCCUGGUUUUCUUGGCUCUCACUGGCUAUUCAAGUGGUGCUACCUAUUGCAUAUGUAAAGAUGGGACUAGUGACCAAGCUCUUCAGAAGGCACUAGAUUAUGCUUGUGGGGCUGGAGCUGACUGCUCCCCAAUCCUUCAGAGUGGUGCUUGUUACCAACCCAAUACUGUUAAAGAUCACUGCAGUUAUGCUGUCAAUAGUUAUUUCCAAAAGAAAGGCCAAGUUGCUGGAAGCUGUGAUUUUUCAGGCUCUGCCAUGCAGUCUCAAACUCCCCCAGCUACCCAAAACUCUAACUGUGUAUUUCCUUCAAGUGGCAGCAGCAGCACCCCAACAACAGGUACCCCAACAGGGACCCCAACAACUGGUACCCCAACGACAGGAACAACUCCCUCAACUACACCAACAACUGGAACGACAACUCCUUCUACCACACCAACAACUGGAACGACAACAGGAACAGGAGGAUUCACACCCACAUUCGGAAGCGGCGGCAUCAGCCCCGGCAGCAGCACCACCUUUGAUAGUAGUGGUGCUGGAUCAGUCCUCUCACCAGGCCUCACUAACAUGUUUAUCAUAUCUUCUUCGGUGGCUGCCCUUCUCUGGCUUUUGGUACAAAAUUAGAACAAACCAUUUUUAGUAGAAAGUGAUCAAAAUAAUUAUAUGUAUUAAUUUAGUGGGGAGGGGGUAAUUCUGAUGUGCGGACCAGAUUAUGCCACGAAGAAAUAGGGGUGUAGACGUGUAACUCUAUGUGGUGUAUGAGGCUGUGUACUAGAGAUAACACGUGUAGGUAAAAUGAUAAAAAGAAAAAAGAAAACCCCACUAGGGUUUUUGUUUUCUUUCUCUUCCUCCCUAUAUGUGAAAAAGUUGGAAUGUGAUUCCUUUUUUAUUUUUUUAUUUUAAGUGGGGUGAUAUGGACUUGUAUGGGGGUAGAGUAGAAGAACAUGAGAUCUCUUUAAUCUUUUCUUUCUAGAUUUGUCGCUUUUGUAUAUCUAAGAGAGGCCCUCUAUUUUUUAAUUUAAUGGAACUCUGCUCUACCUCAUCUAUAUAAA